UGCCAUACAAAUUUGGGCAUUUGAAACAUUCCCAGCAUUAUCAAGAGCGAAGAUGUGCAAAGUUAUUACUACCAAAAAGGACGCGGUUCCAAGGAUCACAAGGUGGUGCUUGUUGAAAAAGCCUUCUGCUAAAGUUGUUUCUGAGGAUAUUUUUGACAACAAAAAGUUUGAGUUCCAGCCUAUUGUUCCAACAACAAUAGAGCUUGAAGAUGCUAAUAUAGCAAAUAUGUGGACAACCAGAAAUGAGAAAAGCAUAGUGGAUGUGAAUGCAGCUGUGGAGAAGGUGAUCUAUGAGAGUGACAAUGAAGGCAAGAUGCAGUCUCGAAUAGAUAAAAGAAGAUCACAGAGAAUACCGAAAAAAACUGCUUUGAAAAGAAAAGCAUCAAGCAAGAAUGGUAAAGAGGAAUCGGAAAUUGAAUUCAAAAAAGCCAAGAAAAGUACUACUUUGAGAAGGAAAGCAACAAAAGGCAAAAAAGGUAAAGAGCAGGCAGAAACUGAGAGUCAAAGCAACUCUGAACAAGAUCAGUUUCAAGUAAUAUGUUUGAAAGAGCUGAAGGGUAUCAAAGAUACCCUAAAGAAACAUGAUAAAAUGUUUGAGCAGAUAUUGGCAUUGCUUCUGAAGAAAGGGUAUGAAAUAAAAGAUUCUGGCAAGACAGUGCAGGGGAAGAAGAUUGUACAAGAAGUUGAGCUUGACUGUAAUACAAGUUCUGAUGAUGACACGACUGAGGAAGAAUAUGAAGAGAAUGAUUCUAGUGAACAAGAAGAUGUAGAGGUGUCUGAUAAUUCUGGAGAAGAAAAAGAUGCUGAGAAGUCUGGGGAGGGUGAAAAAGAUUAUAAUAAGCAAGAUGUUGUGGAGUCUGGAGAAGAAGAAGAUGAUGAGGAAUCUGGGGAGGGUGAAAAAAAUGAUGAUAAGCCAGGUGCUGAGGAGUCUGGGGAAGAAAAAGAUGCUGAGGAGUCUGGGGAGGGUGAAAAAAAUGAUAAUAAGCCAGAUGCUGAGGAGUCUGAUGAAUCUGGGGAGGAUAAAAUCUCUAAAAACGAAGUUUCUGUAAAGGAAAUGGAAGAAGAAAAGGUUGAAGAAGUGUUUGAAAAAGAAAAUGUUAAAGAAGUGCAGAAUGUGGGGGGUUCUGAUAUGCCAAGUUUUGAUUUGCACUUCACUCCAACACCUCCUGAAAAGACAAUGUCUAACAAUGAAAAAUCUCCAUUGUUGGGAGGCACUCAAUUUUCACCUGAAGAUCUACAGCAGGUCGAUAAUAUUGCGAAUGAUAUUAUAAAAAACAAGGUUUAUGCAGAAAGAAUACCUAUUCAAGAGACAUUGGCAAAGUUUAAAAGGCCAAAAAGGACUGCCACUCAACCUGACAAAUACACUCCUACAGAACUUGUGCAACAAAGAAAGAAAGCUAAGGUGGAAAGGCUAGAGAAGAAAAUGCUGAAACUAAGAAUGAAUGAAAGAAAGUCAUUGUACGGGCCAUUUGCACUUGACCCUUUUGAGAUGUCACCUGUUAAUGCAAUUGAGAAAACAAGGACUUAUUUGAAUAUUGGACUGCUGAAAAAUAGGAGGAAAUUUGAGGAUGCUAGGAAGUACAAAAAGAAUUUUGAGGUUCUGG